AUGAAGAGUGAAGUGCCCUCUGAGGCCUCCAGCAGACAGGAGCAUCUAAAGGAGCCGCUGGUGAACCCAGAGCCAAUGGAGGCAGCUAAGAGUUUUUCUAGCAACAUGGAGGUAAUUGGAAUGGCAGGCAGUGAGUUUGCCACUCUGUGUUCCGAAUCGAGGCACCGGACCUUGAGGGACACGGCGGCUCGCAAGGACUCGGAGCGAGGCCUCUCGGCACGUAGAAAAAGGAAGGUCCAACAAGCAGGACCGUCUGAAUGCUCCCUAAAAGUUGCCCAUCUCAGUGAGACUUCUGUGCCCUCUCAGCGUUCCAGAGAAGAACUCUUACGUCAUUCUAGCGAGGACGAACAUAAUCACGAGUCAUCUUUUAGCGACUGUGCCUCGUCUCCUUCAUCUAGCUUGAGAUUCGGUGACUCGGACACGCUGAGCUCUGAGGAGGAUGCGGAACCCGGACCGACAGAGGGCCAAGAAAAAGGCGCCGUCCUCACAACGGGAGCCACUGGAGUCAGUCUUCGCCCUGUCGCGGGUCGAACGAGGCGGAUCCGCUCGCACAAGUGGGUGCGGACCGAGGCGGAGCCGGUUUUGCUUAAGCGGCAGUGUUUGAGCAGUCGACGGCCUUUGCAUAGGAAACGAUUUGUGAAAUCAGUUCCUGGGGGAGGCCAGCGCACACAGAAACAAAAGGAUAGACUACUACUGCAGAGGAAGAAACGAGAAGUCAUUGCACGGCGAAAAUACGCUUUACUCAAUAGCACAAGCAGUUCAAGUGAAGAGCUAAGCAGUGGCUCGUCGUCCCCGUCCUCGACCGAAGUAGAGGAUGAGCUGUACGUGGACGUCAGCAGCACCAGCAGCCAGCCCAACAGUGCUGCAGUAGCCACAGGUGCUCUAGAUGAAGAUGUGGUGGUGAUUGAGGCUACUCCAGCUCCAGCACCUGCUGUCCCUGCCAGUGAAGAGAUCAACGUCACCUCGACAGAUAGUGAGGUUGAAAUCGUUACAGUUGGAGAUGGUUUCAGGUCGCGCUCUUUGGGUGGUCUUGGUCGGAUAUGGGCUAGCAGUUGUUCGCAGAACCGUCUCCAGGAGCCCAGAGGACGUCACAGACUUUCCACCGUCAUUCAGCCCUUGCGCCAGAAUUCUGGGGAGGUGGUGGACCUAACCGUGGAUGAAGAUGACCUCUCUGUUGUGCCAACAACCUCUGGCAGCAUUCACCCUCAAACGGUCAGGUCGUCCUCAUCUUCAUCUUCCCAGCAUGCCUCUACCUCAGAGCUCAAUGAUGCCGCGGGCCCCUCCACUAGCUGCCCGGGCUCAAUACCCGACAGUAUGCACACACCAAGGCCGAGUGCCUCGACUCGAACAGCCGCAGAGGAUGACAGCAGACCAGGUUUAUCGGGUUCCGCAGAAAACGCAGGAACAGCCAUGCCUAGGCUGCCUUCGUGCUGUCAGCAGCACUCGCCCUGUGGAAGACCAUCGCCUGGUCAUCUGUCACUUAGCCACACGCAUUCGAGCUGCAUGCAGGCCUCGUCGGCCCAGGCCAAUAGCUCCCAGCACGGUCACGGCAACUCGCACCAUUUCGUCCUUCAUGUCCACCACCCCACACCACAGCCGCCGGGCACCCUGCCUUUCCAAGAGUCCAGCUGUGCAGUGGAAAGGCCCAGUGCACUGCCUGCACCCUGUGGAGUGAGCGGCAACGCUGGUGCCGGGGGCAAUAAUGCAGCCCAUUACCACGACCAGCAAACUCUGCCAGUGGACCUGAGCAACAGUAGCGUGCGAAGCAGCGGGGCUAGUUUCCAUGGCAGCACAUCAGCCUUUGACCCCUGCUGCCCAGGCUCGACCUCACGACCUCCCGCGUACGUUUCCCAGGCCACUCCAGGACCAAGCCAGCCAGCUGCGGUGGACUCCUUCAGCAACGACAUAGUGGCUCAGCCGCAAACGCAGCUUCAGCAGCCGUGCAGACAUUACAUACACCCCUCAUAUGGCUCUUUGGCACGCUCAUUGCAUCAUCAACCCUCUACCGCCUGUCCCCAUUCUCAUGGGAACCCCCAACUUCCAGCUCAGCCCCCUCCACAGGGCGAUUAUGUCCUUCCCCACAACGUCCACUCUUUUCACCCGCCGCUGCCAUCCCACCCUUCUGGGCACGCCGUAUCCAGCGCCCCUCCUCUCACCGCCCACCACCUCCCCGGUUCGAGCGCCCCGCUCGCCCAGCACCUGCCCGCAGACCAUCAGACUCUGCCGCAUCAAAUGCCAUCAAUGAUUUCAGUUCAAAGGCUCCAUCAACAUGAAAUGUUGCAAAGAAUGGAGGUCCAGAGGCGCAGAAUGAUGCAGCACCCCACCCGAGCGCACGAGCGCCCUCCUCCUCAUCCUCACAGAAUGCACCCCAACUACGGCCACGGGCACCACAUCCACGUGCCGCAAACCAUGUCUUCCCACCCUCGCCAGCCGGAGCAGAGGACUGCGUGGGAGCUCGGCAUAGAGACUGGAGUGACGGUGGCGCCGUACCCUUCGGGGCACCUGCACUCCCACCUGCACCACUACCACCCCACCUCCAGACUGCACCACUUCCCCAUUCCCUUCAUGCACACUGGCAUAUCUGAAGUCACCUACCCGCACAUUCGCUACAUCUCAUCUAGAAUGACAGGCUUUGGAAGAACCUAUGAGGACCUGCUGCAUUUAGAGGAAAGACUGGGGACUGUGAACCGAGGAGCCUCUCAGGGAACCAUAGAGAGGUGCACUUACCCACAUAAAUACAAAAAGAAGGUGUUGGAGAGAGACAUUGACCAACAGUUAACCCCCGAAGCUUGGGCCUCUAUUGGGAAAAAUAUGCACGCAACCCCUGAAUCGAGAAAGCUGCACGGCAAGCAGGAGGAAGACGAGGGGGCGGACGAAGACACGGAGGAGAAAUGCACCAUCUGUUUGUCCAUACUGGAGGAGGGCGAGGACGUCAGGCGCCUGCCGUGCAUGCACCUCUUCCACCAGCUGUGCGUGGACCAGUGGCUGCUCACCAACAAGAAGUGCCCCAUCUGUAGAGUGGACAUUGAAGCGCAAUUGUCUGCUGAGAGUUGA